GCUCUCAACAAAGUGUCCUUUGUUCAGGGAUUCACUCAAAGUACAGUCAUACACAAUUUAAAUUCAACCGGCUCAUCUGAAAAACUCCCGAACCAAAUCUUGCAUUAUAGAUUUUUCAAUAAUUCGUUGUUUUAAACGCAAAAAUGGCAGAUGAUAUUAUGGCCCGCUUCACCCGCAUUUCGGGAGACUAUUUGGCGGAGGCGUUGGAGGCAGAGGAGGAAAAGAAGCCACCAAAGCUGACCAAGGCGGAGAAGAAGGCGAUCAAGAAGGAGGCCAAGCUUCAAGCUGCCAAUGCCGACAAGCGUCUGAUAAUGCGGGAUGCUCUAAUGCGGGAACUGGAGCUGGGGAAGCGCAUGGAGCAGCGCGGCACUGAAGAGUGGCACGAGAUGUGUCGUGAGAUCAAGAUCAAGGAGCUUCAAGAGGAGAUCGUGGCUUGGGGCGAACGUUCCGAGCGGAACAUCGUCGCCAAGGACGAUCACAUCCAGAUGCUCCUGGAGGACAUGACCCAGACACAGGAUCAGCACGUCCGCUGCUAUAGCAAGACAGUGGAGCUGAUUGACCACAUCCGUGACUGCUUCCACGUGAUGCUGGAGGGGGUGAGGAACAUGUACGCCCAGCAAGCCGACGAAAUGCUCAGGGACUUCUAUGAGGAGGUGCGUCGUCGGACCGAAGAGGUCGACGCCAUGCACAUCAACGCCGAGAACAUCAUACACGCCACCAACAUAACCACCAGGGACCAGCUAAAGGAGGACUACACCAUCUACCUGGAGCAGCGCGACGAUCGCGUCAAUACGGAGAUCGAGAAUAGAUUCAAAAUCCGGGACCAGGUCGUCCGCCGGAUGACCGAGAUGCAGCAGCAGCUGAACGACUUUGUGGAGUCACUAAGGAGCACUGAGCUGGAUGCCCACAAGUACGAGAAGAUCCGCUGGCUGACCGAGAGGCAGGAGGCCUUCAUGGAGGAGUCGCGUAAGCUGAACGCCGAGGAGACCAAGUACAUCAACAUGCAGGCGGACCUGCAGCGAGACAUCCUUCGCAUGGAGGCGGAGAACAACUCCACCCUGAAUGAUCUCCGGAUGGAGUUCCAGUACUUCACCAAUGUGCGCAAGAAGAUCGAGUUGAACCAGGAGAUGGACCGGCAAAUAACCCACGAAAAACUGCGCAUCCUUACGGGCGAGUGCUAUGAACUGAUUAAGCAAAUGGAAAAAAAUGUGAAAAGUGGAGAGCUCCUGUUGGCUUUGUCGAUCACCUGCCGGAAACUGCAAACCGAGUCAGAAAAGGUGAUCCUGGGUGGGGAAGUCUUCGACGAGACGGAUGUGGCAGUCAGCGAUCAGUUCAAGAUUCAGACCCUGAGCAUCAAGGACCACGUGGACAUGACCGAGGAGGAACUAGUGGAGCUGAAUACGAAUCUCAAAAACUUUUGGCGCCGGCAGGCGAUGGCCGAGGCCCAGAACUUGCUGAUGCUCGAGGAGAAGAAGCGGCUGACCGAGGACAACGAUCGUCUCAUCAACUUCAUCAAGUCGAUGAGCGUUACCGAGGAUCCCGAGGAGCUGCGAACUGCCAUGCAUGUGGCGUGCUGCUCCGACCAGCCCAUGCCGCCUUAUGUGUUUGAGAGCAAGUGCCAGGAUUACCGCGCCAGGAAGGUCCUUAGAUCGCCGAUAGCCCACAAGGAGUUCAAGUGGGAAGCUGAGGCCACUUUGAAAAACGUAAUCGCGGACGGUAAGUAGGUUAGAGGUUCAAAUAAUCUAAUAAUUCUUGUUCAAAAGUUUGAGGCAAUAAAAUGAAAAAUAAAAUUAAA